GGAGAAUGAUAACAUUUAAAAUAACAAAUUGAAAAACACUACCACACGUGUUAUUACUUAUUGCGGGAAACACAAUCUACUCUGAAUGUCUCCAAUGAUGUCUACCAUGAUGGACAUGUCUUCAGAUCUCGACUCCGAAGAAGAAGUAAGUACUAUUUAGACAAUUUUAAAUUAUGAUUUUUUUAAAAUAGAAACCCGAUAAUUAUUUAUAAUUGAAAUUUGAGAUUCCUAUUUCAAACUUCAAUUCUAAUCUAUUGGUGUGGUAAGUGUGGUUUAUCUCAACAUAGUAUAUUGGAGACAUGUACCCAUAAUUAUUUUAAAUUUUUCUUAAAAUAUUGAUAUUUUUCAGUUGUUGGAGUUAUAUGCAUCUGGCAAAAUAAAACCUGGUUUAAAUAUACCUGUUGAAAAUGAAAAAGUUUUAAUAAAUAACGUUGUAAGUAUUACAAAAUGUACAAAUAAAACUAUAUAGUAUAAUAUUAUGUAGCUUAAUAAAAUGUAACUUUUUGAACACUCAUCAUAUAUUAUGCUUCUACAGGUUGUCUCAUGAAGAUAUACCCCUUGAAUAUCUCCAGAGAUAAUAAUGAUUAUUAAAUUCUGGUUUUUUUUUUACAUUACAGAGAUGAGUACUAAACAUAUAUAUAUUUGAAUUUAAUUUUUUAAUUUUUUUUAUUAAGAGCUGUGUAUAACAACCAUUUAACUCAACUAUUACAUGUAGUAUACAAAAUUAAAUAAUAUGAUAAAUAACUUUUUAUUUUAUUAUUUUCGGAAAAUUUUAAAGGAGUGUUCCUAUUUAAAAAUCAAAACUAUACACUUAUUUAAGGUAUACGGAGUAGGGGUAAAAAAUAAAAAAUAGUUUUAAAAUAAAGCUUAAAUAAUUCCAUAAUGAUUAGAAAAACAGAAAUAAAAUUCAUUUAAAAUCUUCUUGAUGUAAUUGCUGAUUCAUGAUAAAAAUAAUCCUGGAUGUGAUAAUUCUCAAGCCCAAAUAGAUUAGCCUGUGUUCGGAUUAAUGAGACCCGGCUAUACUAUGCACAUUGCACCUGGUCAUAUUUGUGUUCGGGAAGUUAGUUAUUUCAACUUGAGUUAUUAAAAAACAAGGAAGACUGGUUAGCUAAAAAACUAAAAAAGAAUUAAAUCAUUCAGACUAAACUUAUAAAAGUAUUAAGUUUUAUAAAAAGCAUUCUUCUACCCAUUAAAAUUAUAAAUGCAGACAUUUUUCAGUUUUACUUCUUAAAUAAGAUAAAAAUAUAAUAUUAUGUUUACACAUAAACUGUUCAAUAUUUUUUGAUAUUAUUCAUUAUAUAUUUUCUUUAUAGAAUGCAUUAAAAGAAAUACUCAGUUCAUUUGCUAGUAGUUUACCAUGGACGGAACGACUUGAUAUUGUGGCUGAAACUGCCCCAUUAGCACCUGAACUUUCAAUGGAGGUAUGUAUUCAAUUUUUAUAAUCUUCUUAGGUAUUAACUAAUUAAUGCAAUUUAUUAUUAAUAGGUUAAAAACCCAAUUAAAAAAAAAAUGUAAAAAGUUGUGUACAUUAAAAUAUGAAUAAAAACCAAAUAACCUUUAUUAACCCUAGAAAGCUUACCAUUUGUUUGACGAACACGGACAAUUUUAUUGUUGCCAUUUUUAGGCAUGUUAUCCAAUAUCAUUGAACCUCCCCCCUUUGUAUAUAUCUUAUAUAUUAUGUUCUAUAUCUAUACUGAUUAGUGUUGGAAGUAAUCCUUUUAAAAGGGAAUUUGUUCCUACUACAAUUAAUGAAUAAUACCUAAUUUUCAUAAAAAAAAAAAAUGUAAGGUGAAUUAAUCAAGUCAACUAAAAUUGGAAACUAUUUCUAGUUCUUGGAACUGACAUGUUUGAAAUCCCAAUGAAUUAAAUUACAUUAAUUUCCUAUCUCAAAAUGAAAAUGAAAAAAAUUCCUGGAUCUCAGUAGGACUGCCACACCAUUUUGAAUAAUUAUCACUAAGACACCGUUUAUGUGACGGUUAUCUAAGUAUAAAAUUGUGUGGUUUAUGUCAUCAUAUUAUUACCUUGUAUGUUAAUAAAAAUGGAGAAAUGGGGCCAUUGUGAUAAUUUAUUACUAAUAAAGUCAUAUCAACACUAAUUAAUUUCUAGAGUAUAAUUAAUAAAAUAAUUUUAGUUUCAUUUUUUUUUUGUCAUAACAGAAGGAAUGGAAAUUUGUGUUCACGUUUCUCUUAAAUACAAUCUUUUUCCUGUUCCUUGUUCUUGUAUUUAAAAAAAAUGCAUUCUUAGCUUUGUUUCUUUCCAACACUGAUCCCUAUAAUUUUUAACGAUCUAGUAUGUUCAGUGUGUGUUGAUAACAUAGUUAGAAAUAAAGUCUGAUAAAUAAAGUUAGUGAUCUAAGGUUAACUAUAUACAAGAUUAAAAAUACAAAUACAAAAAAAUAAAAAAUAAACAGUUUGAAUAUAAAAUUGUUUACAUCUAUAUUAAAAGAUUCAAUGGAAUUCAAAUUAAAACAUUUCUUUUUCUUCUAUUUGAUAAACAUAAGAUUAAAUGUGUUCAUAAAGAGUGAGUAAUAAAAAUGAAGUAUACAUAUCAUAUUAUAUGCAACCAUAAAAAGAAAAAAAUAAUUUUAAACAUUCUCUAAACAUUACAUAUGUGGAGAGCAAACUAAAUAAUUAUAUUAAACUUAGAUUUGAUUAAGGAAUUAAAUAUAGUUUUAAGACAUAGUGAUUUAUGUGAGAUUUAUUCUUACCAUUUUUCAUAAUAAAUAAUAAACUAAAGAAAAACCAUAUACUAUUUUUGAAGGUUUUUACAAUUUAUAUCUACUUAUUAUUUAUUUUUAUGUAUUAAUAUGAUAUCACUAAAUCUAUUUAGUCUUAACUGUUGCUAUAAAGUUCUGUUGUUUUAAUUAAAAUGUGUUAAGUAGUAUAAUAUUUUUAAAUUAAAUUAUCAAUGUAUUGUUUUAGAUUACAGAACAACAACAAUUUCUGAAAGCUGGAAAAAUUGAUGAAGUUGCAUUAAAUGAUUUUAAACGGGAAACUAUGUUUCAUCGUCAAGCCCAAUCUGCUGUUAUGCGAGGUGUACAAUUGUUACUUAAAAAUAAUAUUGCUACACAUCGUCCUGAAGAUUAUUUUGCAGAAAUGUUUAAAUCUGAUGAGCAUAUGCAAAAGGUACGACAUGCACUUUUACAGAGAAAAACUGCUCUGGAACAAACAGAAAAAGUGCGGCGUAUUCGACAAGAAAAAAAAUUAGCUAAAGAGAAACGUGUAGCAGCUGUACAAGAUAAACAUAAACAGAAACGAGAACUUAAUGAAAAUAUAAAGAAAUUUAGAAAAGGUUUAAGGAAUGAUUUAGAUUUUCUGGAAACUGAUACUAAAAAAAAUAAGAAACAAGAUGAUAGUAACGGGAAGAAAAAGAAUCUUACCAAGUAUGUAUUUUAAUCAUUAAUUAGAUUUACUUUUAGGUACAUAUAUGUACUAUUGCAAUACCUGCAUACAUAUUUUUUUUCAUUCAAAUUAUGAAUCAUUGUGGUUAUUUGUUGACUUACACAAUGCUAAUUAAUAUAAUUUAUAUAUUUGAUUUUCCAAUUGACUUGAAUACAUUUUUGAAAUACUUAAUCAUUAUUUGCUCACUAUGUAAUAACUUUGUAAAAUUAGAAGUGAUUUUAAUUUAAUGAACAAUUAUUAACAAUAUAACUUGUUAGAACUAAUCUACAUUUGUUGAUGGGUUAAUCUAUACAAAUUAUAUUAAUUUCAAUGAAAUUAUUUUUAAUUUGUUUCAUUAAACUUUUCUGAAAUUAAAGAUAAUUUUGUAAUUUAUCUCUACAAAAAUUGUAUAAAACUGACAAUUUCUUUAUUAAGAAUGUUUUAUUUCUCUAAUAGCCCUUGAGUUUAUUGUAUUAAUAAAUAUUACGUACAUAAUAAAUAUUUAUUUCAUCUGUUGUAUUUAUAAUUUCCAAUUUAAUUUAUGAAAAUCAUAUUCUUAAGUAUGUUGACUUAUUUUAUUUUAUUUUAUAGAUCACAACAUAAAAGAAAGGGGAAAGAUGCUAAAUAUGGAUUUGGUGGUAAAAAAAGAGGAAUUAAAGGAAAUACCAAAGAAAGUACAUUUGGCGGCAGCAAAAAACCAUCAAAAGAAAAAAAUAAGGGUAGAAUAGCUAAAAAAAAAAGGAUGUCUUCAAGAAAAUAAAUAAUAAUAAAGUGUUGACAAAUUUGUAUUAGUAAUUUUUUUGUAUUGAAUUACUCAUAAUUUCAUAUUAUGUGUUGUUCAUUAUUAAUGUUGUUUUGUAACAAUAAGAGCAAAAAUAAUUUGUGCCCAGACAAGUUUGUUUAAUAAUCAAAGU